AUCAUUCGACCUCCGCGCACCGCAGUCUAGGCAACUCAGCCCUGCACUGUACACGCGUCCGGGAGCCCGACUCUCGUAGCGAAUCGACGAACAGGAUAAGUUAAGCGAGCACAAUGCCUUUCAAACCAGCAGAUAACCCCAAAUGUCCGAAAUGCGGAAAGUCCGUAUACGCAGCCGAGGAGAGAGUAGCCGGUGGUCUCAAGUGGCACAAGAUGUGCUUCAAAUGCGGACUGUGCCAGAAGUUGCUGGACUCUACCAACUGCUCAGAACACGAAGGUGAACUGUACUGCAAAGUGUGCCACGCGCGCAAGUUCGGUCCCAAAGGCUACGGCUUCGGCGGUGGCGCUGGUUGCCUAUCCAUGGAUGCCGGCGAGCACCUUAAGGCUGAAAAUGCCGUGGUCGAGUCCGAUGUGGGCCCGCUGGUGCGCCUAGGGCACGCGUCACCUCGAUCACGCUCCGUUCAACUUCAGACCUUCCCUCCCUUCCGACCGGGGCGACCCGAACACUAUGGAGCAACGUGCAAUAGCGAGGCCGGUGUGGAGCGGGCGGCCGGGAGCCCUUACCUUCUCCCAUUACGGCGGGGGUGCGCCGCCGGCAGCAAGUGCUUCGCCGUUGUUAGUAUAGAAGUGGUCGGAAUGCUCCAACGCCUGAAGGCUUCUAACUACUCUUCUGUCAACGUUGCUCAACCGACCACUAAUUGUGCAAUAUCUUAUUUAAAUUGUAUAUGCAGGGACGUAAGGACCAAUGGCGCAUGCUUGGAGCCACGUGUCAUCGCUAAGGCUCCGCCCGGUCAAGGCUGCCCGCGUUGCGGUGGCUAUGUUUACGCCGCUGAGCAAAUGUUGGCUCGUGGAAGGGCGUGGCACAGGGAGUGUUUCAAGUGCGGUGACUGCCACAAGCGGCUGGAUUCAACAAACUGUUGCGAAGGCCCUGACAAAGAUAUUUACUGCAAAGUAUGUUAUGGGAAGAAGUUUGGCCCCAAGGGUUACGGUUACGGAAAGGGUGCUGGAGUUCUGCAAAGUGACCCUUACGCCAAUGGUGAUCAAGCCCCUAAAACUACGGUGAUUGACACUGCUGCUAUCCAGGCUCCACCUGGCAAAGGUUGCCCAAGAUGCGGUGGUGUCGUCUUCGCCGCUGAGCAAGUUCUGGCGAAAGGCCGCGAAUGGCAUCGCAAAUGCUUCAAAUGUCGCGAUUGCACUAAGACUUUAGAUUCUAUUAUCGCUUGCGAUGGCCCAGACUCCGAAGUUUACUGCAAAACUUGCUAUGGAAAGAAAUGGGGACCGCACGGUUACGGCUUUGCUUGUGGUUCCGGUUUCCUUCAAACCGACGGAUUAACCGAGGAUGAAAUUUCGGCUAAUCGUCCCUUCUACAACCCUGACACCACAUCAAUUAAGGCGCCCAAAGGUCAGGGAUGCCCCCGAUGUGGUGGUAUGGUUUUCGCAGCGGAGCAGCAAUUGGCUAAGGGAACUAUGUGGCAUAAGAAGUGCUUUAAUUGUGCGGAAUGCCAUCGGCCCUUGGAUUCCAUGCUAGCGUGUGACGGACCUGACAAGGAGAUCCAUUGCCGCGCCUGCUAUGGCAAGCUCUUCGGACCCAAGGGCUUCGGAUAUGGCCACACACCUACCCUUGUAUCCACUGAUGCCGAACCCGUUGUUACUUACACUGAACAAUUACCAUUCACUGGACAGAAGGCUGCUAAAGGAAAAGGUUGCCCUCGUUGUGGUUUCCCUGUAUAUGCUGCUGAACAAAUGCACUCCAAGAAUGGCACAUGGCACAGACGGUGCUUCUCAUGUGCGGACUGCCACAGAUCUCUUGAUUCCACUAACUUGAAUGAUGGUCCUAACGGUGAAAUUUACUGCCGAGGUUGCUACGGUAGAAACUUCGGACCAAAGGGAGUAGGAUUUGGAAUGGGCGCAGGCACAUUGACCAUGGCUUAAAUUAACUACUAUAGAGCUGGACUUUAUAGGAACUAAAUAAAAUAGAGUGAAUGGUAGCUUGAAAGGAAUUUUAUCUAAUAAAUAUACUGCUACCGGUCUACCGAUCAUACCAUUUAUUAAACUGGAUUUAAUAGUGGUUGAUACUUAUCCAAUGAGACUAAUAAAAUAGAUGAUGUUAAGAUUAUGUGUGCAAAUAUUUUAUGCUAUGAAGAUAUAAAUUAAAGGUUACAUUCCUUUCAUGAUAUGUACAAAUUGGGAUGAAUGUGUCUGGGCCCUUAGUUUAUAGAUUCGUCAUAAAAUAUUGUAGUAAGUACGUAAGAUAGACUUAAUGUAUAUGUAGAUGUAAGAAAUAAAAUAUUAAAAAGUAAAAAAAAAUCGAAACAACUUAAGAAAAUUAAAACAAUGGCAUUGUGAUGAACCCUCCAAUAUAGGGUUUUGUUUGGAGGUAAAGUAACUAUCCUGUAUAAUUGUGGAUAAGGUUGCAAAUAAAUGCAAUCGUUUCGACCGACCAGAUCUUGCAUUAAAAGAUCUGAAGUGUCUAUACAUAUUUUUAUACACCAAAGAAUUCUGUAUAUAAUUUUGUAAUAUCUAUUCACUUAGGCACAAUAAGCUGUGCUCGAGUAAUUCCUAACGAUUAUAUGCUUUUGAGCUUUUGCUAUGUAACAUGCACUUUAAAUCAAUUUUAUAUUAUAUACACAUUAAGACAGCUUAUUGCAUAUAAAAUUAAUUGACAACAUUUUUAAGUUAUCAUUUGUAUUAAAUACAUUUUUAUUUAAUU